AUAUACUGAUUGUACCAACAAUGGAGGACAAAAGAUGCGCGCUUGUCACAGGAGGAAACAAAGGAAUUGGGUUUGAGAUAUGUCGUCAAUUGGCCUCCAAUGGAAUCAAAGUCGUAUUAACGGAUAGAGACGAGAGUUUGGGCGCCAAAGUUGUUCAGCAACUCAAUGUUUCAGGCUUCCCAGAUGUUGUUUUUCAUCAACUCGAUAUCAAAGAUCCAGUCAGCAUCUCUCGAACAGUUGAUUUUGUGAAAGCCCACUUCAAAAAACUCGAUAUCUUGGUCAAUAAUGCAGGACAUAUGGGCAUUAUCAUCCUAAACGAAGAAAAAUUUAGAGCAGGAGAAGGAUUCGUGCAAGUUUUGGACGAAAAGGCGCACCUUUUAACCGAUAUUUUGAAGCAAACUUAUGAAUUGGCAGAAGAAUGUAUAAAAACAAAUUACUACGGAACUAAAGCUGUAACGAAGGCGUUUCUUCCUCUUCUCCAACUCUCCAACUCCCCGAGAAUCGUCAACAUUACUUCCAGUUAUGGCGAGCUAUUCUUUAUUCAUAAUGAGAAGGUGAGAAAUGAGCUAAGAGAUAUGAAGAACGUAACAGAAGAAAGGGUGGAUGAGAUAACUGGAUGGUUUUUGAGGGACUUGAAGGCCGGUAAACUGGAGGAAAACGGAUGGCCGCUAACAGUAUCUGCUUAUAAAGUCUCGAAAGCUGCCAUUAAUGCUUACACAAGGCUUAUGGCCAAAGAAUAUCCGAAGAUGCUUAUAAACUGUGUGCAUCCUGGUUAUGUGAUCACAGAUAUGUCAGCUCAAACAGGAUACAUUACCCCGGAAGAAGGUGCUAAAGCCCCGGUUAUGGUUGCUUUGUUGCCUAACGAUGGUCCUUCCGGAAAAUACUUUAGUCAAUUGGAAAUAUCCCCAGUUUGAAUGAGUAUUGAAGAUUAAUAUUCAACUUCCAGAAAGACAGAAAGUGCAGGGGUCGGAUCUAGAUAAAGGAAAAGUCUUAGUUUGGGUUGACUUUGACUUUAUAUAGUUUUGUAUAUCAGAUUGCAAAAAGUCACUUUUCAUUCCCAGUUUUCAAGCUU